AUGGGGAAUCUUGAUCGACCUGGUCUGGUGGAGGUGAUCACCAACUGGCCGGAAGGCACAGACUGUUCCAAACCUCCAGAGGAGAAAAUAACUCGUGCUGAGGAAGCUCCUCCCUAUGGUGAUCACUCUGAUCAGAAAAAGAACGAUGCUUUGUUCACAGAUGGUUCCUGUCGUCUUGUUGGGAACAAGCGAAGAUGGCAGUACCAUCAGCAUCCAACACUGAAUGAAUCUACGAGAGAAUCUACAGUACAUGAGCAUGAACCCAACUUCACUUCUCUUACCUUAAAGGCCAUGGCCACGGUGGAGAGGCUUUUCUGUUUGUUGGAAGCUCACGGUGCCCGCCCAUCCGUGGAAGGGCUGGAUUGGGCCCGUGAGAACUGGAGUACCUGUCAGAGUGUGAUGGACCGGAUUGUGGCCCUGCAGAAGGAGGCACGGGCCAAGUCGGGAAAGGGCAAAGCCUUCAUCUGUGCAGUUUUGGGCACCUGUUUGGCCGCUUCAAUAGAUGAAAAGCAAAGCCAAAACGGACGAGAGAAUAAAAUCAUUUCCUCCUUGCAGGAGCUGGUAGAUUCCCUGCAAGGACAUAUUGUAACUUUAAAAGACGAAGUGGCAGAUCUUAAGGAUAGAUUAAAAACAGAACAGAAGUGGCAAAGGUGGUUUUUGAAGGAGGAAGAGUUAAAGCAAACAGAGCCUGGCUCCAUAUACCCCCAGGCAGAACUGGCAGCAGCAGAGGAAGCUGCGGCUCACAUGCGUCCUCUCAUUAAAACUGAGAUGCUGUACGAGGAUGAGGAUGGCACCCCUGCCAUCACAACGAAAGAGAUACCCUUUUCUUCCACUGAGCUGGCCAAACUGCGUAAAGAGUUUACACGUUCUUCUGGAGAGUCUGAGGUGGAAUAUGUAUGGCGUGUCUCUAGAACUGGAGGUGAUCAAAUUAGGUUGACAGAGGCUGAAGCUACAGGCUAUUGGGGUGCUAAUGUGUUCCUAACUACGGGCAAUAGGAGUGGUCCCUGGAGCCUUACUCAGCGAGCAGCUUUUUGGGCUGGGGGCUUUGAUUCAAAGGAGAGAGGAGAGCCUCUAGUUCUGAGGGGAGGCAUGAAUCAGAUAAUGGAAAAUGUGCAGAAGGCAGCUUGUUUGCAAAUGGUCUAUGAUCGAGAACUGAAACAUCAUUUUGAAUCGCCCCUUUCUCUCUUGGUGGACCCGAAGCGAAUGACUCCCCUGGUGAGGGGACUUCCUGACUCCCUCAAGAUGAAAGGCAUUCAGCUCCAAAAGGAGAUAGCUGACACCCCACUUACCUCCCGAAUACAAGCUACUCUGAGGGAGAACUUAACACCCGGGAGGAACCAGCCCGAUGGCAGACAAUGGACGUGGGAGGAGGUGGCUAGAGAGCUAUUAGAUUAUGCCAGGCAGUAUGGGGUGCCUGAGGAAGUUCAUAAGCCUGAGACUAGAGGCUUGAGGCAUGUGGAAAUUAAUCACCCACUGCCAAGUGCAGAUCCCCGGAGCCAGAUGCUUCGAAUCCCCAAACGACACUCGACUGGGGGGAGGGAGCACCUGAACACUAGACAGUAUUGGUGGGGGCUAGGCCGGAAGAAAGGUAUCCCAAAAGAAGUGAUUGAUGGGUUAUCUUCAGUGCACUUGGAAAUCGUUGUAAAAAACUGGCCAGAGUCUAGCCAGAAACCCGAGCCCACUGCACCCCCCUUGAUAGACUUAUCUGAUGUGGGGAAAGGCGUGCCCCCUUCUCAGCCUCAGAGGAGCUGA